CGAAUCCCUUCUGGCGGGAUUGAAAGCGACAACAAACUUUGUAGUUGUAGUGUUUCUCAAAGAUGGUUGAGGGUCCGGGAUGUACAUUAAACGGAGAGAAAAUCCGUUCAAAAGUCCAGAAAGGACAGAAACUAAAAGAGGUCAGAGGAAGUUUGACAAGAUCAACGAAAAACAACCCAGAGUCAAAUGUCUUCCAUUGUUUUUAUGAAUGCCACUACACCGGUGUCGAGACCCUGGGCAAGGAGCUCUUCAUGUACUUCGGUCUGAGAGCUUUGAGAGUCCACUUCGGCAUGAAUGGAUCAAUGCGUAUAAACCCUGCUGAGAGGAAGGAUAGAACAGGCGCCGCACCGGUGCUGGAAAUACACCUUACCAACGACAUUGUGUGCUUCUUUGACAGCACUGUGGAAAUAAGGUUGACAGAGGACUGCGAGCAGAGGGUGAGGGCCAUGGAGGACUUGGAUGUUUGCUCAUCCAAGUUCAGCUUCUCCCGCUCUGAGGAGGCAGUGAGGAGCCAGAGCAGCAGGAUGCUCUGUGACGUCCUCCUAGACCAAGCCGUGAUGCCGGGAGUCGGCAACAUCAUUAAAAACGAAGCCCUGUUUGACUCGGGCCUCCACCCAGCCGUGAAGGUUCAGCAGUUGACAGACGAGCAGGUGCACCAUGUGGUGAAGAUGACUCGCGAUUUCACUCUUCUGUUUUACAAGUGUCGCAAAUCCGGCUCUCCACUCCACAAACAUUACAAAGUCUACAAGCGUCCCCAGUGCGGUCAGUGCUUUCAUGUCAUCAUAGUCUGUCGUCUCGGAGACAAUGGCAGGAUGACUUACUUCUGUGAGCGCUGUCAGAACGGAGAUCCCAGCAGGGUCGACAUCAGUAAGCUCCCAGUCAGAAACAGUCUGAUUGGUUGGGCCUACAAUGGCCGAACCAGUGAUAACGUGGCUAAGAAGGAGGAAGAGGACUGGGCCUGUCAUCUCUGUACACUCAUCAACCAGCCAACAGCAAAAGCCUGCGAUGCCUGUUUCACUCCAAGACCUGAAGUCCGCAAAGACGACAUUAGCACUGAAGCAUCACCCUUCACCGCUGAUUUGAUUAAAUACCCCUGCAUUCCCUUCAAGAAACCACAAGAGGAGCUCAAAGUCAACUGGAGGUCUGCAUUUGGGACGUCCACCCUUGUUUUCUCCGACUUAAGCAAGAAGCCAAAGCCUGUAAACUUGCCGCUCUCCCCUGCCGGCAGUCAUUUGAAUUCCUUGGCGGCAGAACGAGGUUUAUAUAAAUACAGCGUCUGCCAAGGGACAACAAGCCCCAAUUAUGCCUCUGGUGGCUGGCAGAAGCAAAGUGCCGAGCUCUCCAAUGGGGAAUCACUGGCCUCCUACAGUCACCCAUCCAAGAAAAUGAGAAUUGAUCACAGUCCCUCUCCCAGUAACAAUGCUCAAAAUGGAACCCCCAACUCAGGGAUGCGGCGAACAGAAGGGACAAGCCGCACCACCUCCGUAUCCUCCAGUCCCAGCGCCCCUUGUUGUGCAUCCCAUCGUCGCCCAGCUGUCCUCAGAGUGGUCCACAAGGAGGGGGAGAAUAAAGGACGACAGUUCUAUGCCUGUUCGCUUCCCAGAGAGACCAAGUGCAACUUCUUUGAGUGGGCAGACUUGAACUUCCCUUUUUGUCACCAUGGGAAACGCUGUUUAAUGAGGACGGUUCUGAAACUAGGACCCAACAAUGGCCGGAAUUUCUACACCUGCAGCUUUCAAAAGGGUAAACAGUGUGACUUUUUCCAGUGGGCAGAGAAUGGACCAGGUGUCUCUAUCCUCCCUGGUUGCUGAUAUGUUCAAGUCAUAUAUUACUUCAAACUGAAACCUUGAAUCCCAUGCUUAUAUGAGUGUAAGUGUAAAGUAUACAUUUACUGGAAAAUAUCCAUUAACUAUAUGACCUAUAGGUCAUGUCACCUACUUCUGUUCGCCACAAUGUUAAUCUAAUAGAGUAUGUGCGCCUAUUUUUUAAUGUGUCAAUGCCAUCAUGUGAAAACUGUGAUUAAAUCUAAUAAAGGAUCCAAACAGGUCAA